UUACUAGUACCAAAAUUGAUCGAUCAAAAAUUCGGUGGAUACUUAAAGGAUUUUCCUAUUUGAAACGAUAUUCGAUGGAAUUUCUAAAGCUUUUCGUUUCGAAACAGCAAUGUAAACAAUCACAACAAUUACCGAUCGAAUUGAACGAAGAAGAAUAUUGCCUCUUCAUAUUGACCACAUUAUUCAAUGCUCAUUAUUUACCAUGGUUGAAAGAAUUUGCUCCAAAUCAAUGUUUUCACAAUUUUGCCGAACGUUUCACUACAUUCAGUCAAAAUAUUGAUGCAGCUUUUCCAGAAAUGCAUUAUAAUCGAAAAAAAUUGGCAAUCAAUUUAGCGAAUCGAUAUUGUUUCAAAAUUGCUAGAAAACUUAUCUUAACAAUCGAUUCGGUGGAAAUCAAAGAUGAUCAACAACAACUGGAUCAUGAUAAUCAAUUGUUUUGGCUUGAAAUAAACAAUGUACUGAAAAUUCCUAUAGAAAUCAAAUCUAAUUUUUCCAUUUCUAUUGCAAUUCCAAACGAGCUAAAUACUAAUAAAAUGGCUAUAAAAUGCUUUGGAGAAAAAGGAAAUUCACAGAAAAAAUUCCUUAUGUUAAAUGAUUAUGACAUUUCGGGAUAUGCUGGAUACACAACAACAAUAACUCUUGAUAAUAAUGUAACAUUUCAAUUGAAUUUCCGAUGGGAAUUGGAACAAGAUUAUUUGUUGAAUUUUAUUCAAAAGCCCGAGGUAUUUUUGAAAUUCUUUACUGGCUCCUUACUAGCACUUGGAACAUAUUUCUAUACAUUUUAUUCGAAUCUUUAUUCGGGAUUAUUGCUAAAUGAAUCUACACAAAAUCAAGCACUCAAAUGUUUUCCUGAAGUUGCCUUCAUUGUUGGAUCGACUCAACGAUCGAAAUUGUGUCCGGAAUUUUUGUCCGUUUGUCAGAAAUAUGAAAACGAAAAACAAAGUUGUAAUUAUGGAACUUGUACAAAUGUCUACAAUUUAACAAACGCAAUUCUAAUUCUUUUGGACAAUGUUUCAAGUGCAGAAAUCGAUUUAUUUCGUCAACUUUUACUUGAACCGUUUAAUCACAUUAUACGGUUCGAUUGUGAUCCUAGGAUUGUUUGUAAACGAAGUUUUCGCCUGCAUAAACUAUUAAUCGGUCGUUUAUAUAAAAUAUUAAAACGAUCGGAUUCAAUUAUUCAGGAAAAAUGUUUUGAAAAUUUAAUUCUUAAUCUGCUAUUCGAUACGACUGAAUUUAAACUGAAUCCUCUACAAAAAGAAUCAAUGAUGUUAUUCGCAAGGUAUUGCAAAGAAAAUAAGAUUUUUCUUGAUGAUAACAAAAGUGAAGAAAUGAAUCGUUCUGAAGGUGAUAUUCAAAAUGAACAGAAAUUGAGUAAACAACAAAAAGAAAAAUUUAUCAACAACACACAAGGUAAUGAUUCGGAAAAGAUAAGGGUUUUGUUAUUCAAAUACUGGCCAGAUAUACUCGAACAAAAUCAGCAACAAUUUGAAAGAAUAUUGCCAGAUUUGGUCAGUCCAUUUAUGGAAUAUGGAUUCCUCAUAAAAAAUUAGAAAACUACAA